AUUAACAUACAAUCAUUUAUAGAUGAUGCCGAUUCGUUAAGGCGAAAGAGACAAAAACUUAAUAACAACUCAAGCUCGAUACUUUUCAAACAUGUAGCAGAAACUGAGAAGCGUGUCAGAAAUCAACCUAUUAGUUUUAAUAUCGUCAAAGCUGAACCGGCUGGCCGGAUAUCGCCAUUCGGAGGUCUGGCAAGUACAAGUGCGGGAAAUUUCAGUCUGCAAUCUGUAAGAUCGUCUUCACAACCGCAUGGUAGCAUGCAAGCCCUAAGGCCUCAGGUAUCUCCUGGGCGGACACCAUCCCCUAUGGAAUAUAGCACCUACAACCCGUCUCUCGUGCAACAGCAGUAUCAACCAAAUAUCCACCCAAUAAUGCCAAACGUGCCUGUGUCGACGGACGUACAGGCAUUUUCUUACAUAGACCAAUUGCAAUUGCAACCAGAACCUAAUUUAAUGAUGUUAAACAGAGUAACUUUAGGGACUCAAGAAGAAUCCCACCCAGCGAAUAAUAUUAGCAAUGCAGGAGCCCCGUGCCUUCUGGACAUGGAUAGUCAACAAUUCAAUUUUGACUGGAAUUCCGCUGAUCUCGCGGAUUUUGGGGCAAAUCUCUCUGCAAAUCUAUCGACUGGAUUAUCUAUAUCCGACUCUAUACAACCUGAAAUUGGGAGCAAUGUCGAAGAAAGAAACAGUAUGACCGAGCGCAUUACUUGGAUAAACCAAGAACUUUCUGCUUUGAAUAAGAUACUCAAACCUAAUCGAGAAAAUGAUGGCUGAGAACUUGAUUAAAAUUACUUAUCGAUUAAUAUUGCGUCUGAUGCCGAAGUGAUUAUAAAAAAUUGCAAUCGAGACUUGCAAUUGGCCUCAUCUGUAAUUUAUAUAUUACAAGUGCUCUCUCUCUCUCUCUCCAUUGCCUUUUUUUUAAAAGAAAAAAAAAUUAAUCGAGCUAUAAUUUCCGACAUAUAUAAAAUAAUAUUUCACGUAAAAAAAAUAUCAAGAGAGUGCGCAAGAGAUAAUUUUGCGUUUUGAUCGUUUCUACUCACAAUUUAUAUCUUUUUUGUAUAUACUCAAUUUAUAUCUUAUUUAUAAAAAUAUAAAAGAAAUUUACAAUAAUGAACAAAAAAUUCCAUAUAUUUGUUUAGACAAGUGUAACACGUGAUUUAAGUAUAUUAGUAUACUCAUCGAUGAAUGUUAGUUUAAACAACAACGUAACGGAAUCUUAAUAUUAAAUUAAUUGUGAUACGAUUUAUUUGAUAGUUAUUCUACGAGCAUUGUGUAUAUUAUCUACUCAGGAUAAGUUGUUCAGUCGGUCAUAGAGCUGAUGUUGGGCAAGAUAUCUAUAAUAUUUACUUGUCGACGUCACAAAUUGAAAUGUUAAGUUAAUUUGAGAUAAAACGAUUGAGAUAAUGUUGAAACGUGUGAUCAAAGUUCAUAGUUCGUAUUUCAUAAUAGAUUCUACGAUACUCUUAAUGCAAAUAUGAAUUCCGCGCGACAAGCAGAACAAAUUGUCGAGAUCAACUUUUCACGAGUUUAUAUGCAAUAAUUGUAAAUUUAAAUUAAAAGUAUAUUUGUACGAGCAAUUUUUCUCGUUUUUUUACACUUGUAUUAUUUCGCUUCACUUUUGUUCUUUCCCUUUUAUGCACAAUUACAAUUUUCUACAAAAAACUAUGUUUAUAAAUCUGUAUAUUUGUAAUAUAUAUGAUUAUAUGUUUAGAAAUAAUGUUUUGAUAUACUCGAAAAAAAGCGUACGAAAGGUAUUGAAAUUAGCGUACUCAAAAAAUUCAUCAAAGGAUGUUCCGUCCAGAUAUCUCUUUUUUAUGUACAUAUAUUUUGCAGUUUUUUAAAUUUAAGAAUAUCAUGUAUGUAGAAGAGGACAUGUAUGUGGAAUUAUCUAUCAUUUUAUUAGAUUAAGUAAAUAUAUGGUAAUAUGUGCAAUAA